AUGCUGGGUUUCAAGGACUUCUUUCGCCUAUUAAUUCUCUUUGUUACUGCAUUUGCCUCCGACUCCUAUGAGUUUUCGUCUUCCGUCAAACAUAUAGCUUCACCCACAACAGUUGAAAGAAUCCGAAAGUUGACUCCCACAAUUGAAGCGUACGGAUCUAAGUUUUUUUAUUCAAACAACGGAUCUCAAUUCUUCAUCAAAGGAAUAGCCUAUCAGCAAGAUUUCACUGAAUACUUGCGUCGUCCUGAAUCCCUUGUCGACGUUGACGCUCCCAAAACCCAAACUCUAUGUGAAUUGAACUUUAGGAACGGCCGACAUUUUGUUGACCCUCUAGCUUGGCCUGAUAUCUGUACCAGAGAUCUGCCAUAUCUUCAAGAGCUAGGAGUCAACACUCUCAGGGUCUACUCUAUAGAUCCAAGGGCUAAUCAUGACGUCUGUAUGGAAAGAUUAGCUGAGGCUGGGAUUUAUGUUAUAUUGGACCUGUCUAACGUUGAUUGCUCUAUUAAUAGGGACGAUCCCUCAUGGGAUCUUGAAAUUAUGGACUGCUACACUUCUGUGAUCGAUACGAUGGCUCCUUAUGACAAUGUAUUAGGUUUUUUUGCUGGCAAUGAGGUCAACACGGAUGUUGCAAACACUUACACAAUGCCGUUUGUAAAAAGUUCUAUUAGAGAUAUAAAGAGUUACAUUAAACGAAAGAAUAUUAGGAAAAUUCCAGUUGGCUACUCCUCCAAUGAUGAUUCCCUUACUAGAAAUAAUUUGGCGGACUAUCUAGUGUGUGGGGAAAAUGAUUUGGCCAAGAUUGACUUUUUCGGUAUCAAUAUGUACGAAUGGUGUGGUUACUCAUCUUAUGCCACAUCAGGAUAUAAGGAGAGAACUUUAGAGAUGGCUGGCUAUCCUGUUCCCGUAUUUUUAAGUGAAUUUGGUUGUAAUCUGAAACGUCCAAGGCCGUUCACAGAAGUGGAAGCUAUAUUCAACAAACCCAUGACAAAUGUUUGGUCAGGUGCAAUAAUGUACAUGUAUUUUGAAGAAAGAAAUGAGUACGGAGUGGUCAAAGUCAAGGGCGAUUACAUCACCGACCCCGUAGAAAAACUGCCGGAUUUUAAUCUUUUGAAGGCACAGUACAGGAAUGCAUCUCCUAAGGGUGUGAACAAACAAGAUUAUUCAUCUCAUGGAUCUAAAGACGUUCAAUGUCCUGUGGCUAGUGAAGAUUGGAAAGUAUCCGAAGAGCUACCUUCUACACCUAGAGCACCAAAAUGUGAUUGCAUGAUGGCAGCUCUGAAAUGCUCAAUUGAAGAGGUUCCGAAUAGAUCAGAGCUGGCAGAAAUAGUGGGGUACAUUUGUGGAGAAAUCAGUUGUCACAAUAUUGUUGCUAAUGGAACCACUGGCUGGUACGGAGAAUUUUCCGAUUGUUCUUUCCACCAGAAGCUAUCCUAUGUGGCCCAAUUAUAUUAUAAUUACCAUAACUCCACUCCUGAUGCAUGCUAUUUUGAAGGGUAUGGUCGUAUCAACGCUUAUCCAAACACAUUAGAGGCAUUAGCUAUGUUUAAGACAUUGAAAGGGACUAGAUGCAAGGAAGAAUUAGGACCAGUCAAGGAGAUUAGUCGUUUGAUAACUGGGGAACCGUUUGGUUCGCAGAAUAGAGAUUCCCCUCGGAGAAUUCUGGUAGAUAGUAGGUUGAAAAAUACUAACUUGGACACGUCCGAAAGCAAAGCCAUCACUGCAAAGAUUAUUUCCAAAUCCAGCCUUUUGACCAAUCUUAUUGCUAUGUUCUUAGUAAUAUUAUUUACUUAG